AUGUACGCAGCAGCUGCAGCCGGGUUCAGAGCCGUUGAGGCGGCAUGGCCGUAUGAGGAGGAGCUGCAGGAGCUGCAGAGAGCCCGAGAGGCCACGGGACUGGAGCUGGUGCUUAUCAACACGCCCCCUGGGAACCUCGGGGCCGGAGAGCUGGGACUGGGGGCGGCGCCCGGGAGACAGGAGGAGUUUAGGCGGGGGCUGGAGCAGGCUCUGGACUACGCCCUGGGGCUGGGCUGUAAGAGGAUCCACCUGAUGGCAGGGCGUGUCCCUCUGGGCUCAGAGCGAGAGGAGGUGGCCCCAGAGAUGGAGCGGGUCUUCAUCCACAACCUGCAGUAUGCUGCAGACCUGCUGUCUGAGAAGGGACUGACAGGACUGAUCGAGCCCAUCAACACCAGGAUAACUGACCCACGUUACUUCCUGGACUCUCCUCAUCACGCGGCGGCCAUCUUGAAGAGAGUGGGGAAGCCCAACCUGAAGCUGCAGAUGGACGUGUUCCACUGGCAGAUCAUGGACGGGAACCUGACACAGAACAUGCUCAAGUACAUGUCACUGAUAGACCAUGUGCAGGUGGCUCAGGUCCCAGAUCGUCAUGAACCUGACAGUUGUGGAGAGAUUAACUUCCUUCAUGUUUGGGACGUCCUGGAACAGAACUACAGCGGAUACAUAGGACUGGAAUACAGGCCCCGAGGCUCCACUGAGGAGGGGCUGGGUUGGAUCAGGAACUAUUGGAGCAGAACUGACUCUGGAGGAACUGACUCUGGAGGAACUGACUCUGGAGGAACUGACUCUGGAGGAACUGACUCUGGAGGAACUGACUCUGGAGGAACUGACUCUGGAGGAACUGACUCUGGAGGAACUGACUCUGGAGGAACUGACUCUGGAGGAACUGACUCUGGAGGAAACUGA